UUGAAUGGAGCAGCUGCCGUCUUCCUUCGCCUGCUUGGAGGGUCGUUGGGCGGCGUUAGCCAUUUGGCUCCAGUGGAGGAGGAGGAGGAGGGAAGUGUCGGGGGCCUGCCCCAAAGACGUCUGGAAUCUCAAGCGAGAGCUGAAGCGGCAGCAAAGGAAGGGACAAUAAUAGGGCCGCUUGGCGGAGGGGAGGCAGCAGGGAUGAUGGUUCUGCUUAAACAUCCGGGCGCCAAACUUCCUCGAACGCCCUGAAGCUUUGGGAGAUCUCAGGAUAGCCUAGACUGGGCGAGUCCUCCAUAAGCGAGUGCCGUCGUUGCAAACGCAGCCCGACCGCCAGCCACCACUCACUGGCCAAUAGUCUCCUCAGAUUGAACUCGGCCCCUUUCAGUCUCAUACCAAAUUUGAUGUUUUCAGAUUAGGAGGGGGGUGAUAAUACUUCGGUGCGAUUAAAAAAACACACAACGCGAGCCAGAUUUAAAAAGUGGCCUACGGUGUCGAUGUUUCUCUCCCCAACGUGUCCUGUAUCUCGUCAGCUGGAAAGAACUUUCUAUCCCACCAAGAGCUUCCCACUCAAAAUGCGGAGAUUUAGGGGGAAAUAAAAGGGGGCAGUAAAGCCAGGCUGCCCUUCAGCAUUUUCCUCCACCCUGCACAGCCAGCCUGCUUCUGGAGAAACGGAGUCCUCCAGGAUAGACGCAGGAAGACAGCCGAGGGUUGGCUGACUGGGGUGGAGGGUGGGCUUUACUCUCUCCCCCCACCCCCAACCUGCACCAUCCGGGCUGAAGCUGAUGCCCAGGAGAGAAGAAUCCGACUCCAUGAUAUUAUUAUUAUUAUUAUUAGUAUUUGGGCUUCGAACCUUUUGGCUUCGAUCUACUCAGGGGCCAUGUCUUCUUCGGUGCCAUAGAGGCACAAUCCUCUGGGGAAGAGACGCUGCUGGAGACGCUGGGAUAGUCCUGCCUGGCACAACAUUGAAGGGACAUUCACGUACUGGAGACGGGGAAGAGAAGGCAACCCGGCCAGAUUUGCUCGCCUGGAUUGUAUGAGGAGGGGGACAGCAAGUUGGGGGAGAUGAUGAUCGGGUCCCGGGGCGGGCCACUCUUGAACUGAUCGCCAAGCCUACAGAAAGCAACCCCCUCUACGGGGACGGAGCGAUUGCCAGGGACGAUCUCCUCCUCUCUCGCUGGCUCUUGCCGUUGGAGCUCUCUUUCUCCAUGAGCCCGGGGUGAACAGGUGCCCCGGAGGUGUGGGGGAUCUGUCCCCGGGUCCGCUUGGUCUGUGCGUGUCUCUCAGGGCGGAUUAUGGAGAGCGGUGACCGGGACAUGUAUCGCCAGUUUCAGGACUGGUGCCUCAGGACUUACGGAGACUCGGGCAAAACCAAGACGGUGACCCGUAAAAAAUAUGAGCGGAUUGUCCAGCUCCUGAACGGCUCAGAGACGAGCUCCACGGAUAAUGCCAAAUUUAAAUUCUGGGUCAAAUCCAAAGGCUUCCAGCUCGGCAGUCCGGACGAGGUCAGUGGUGGUGGUGGUGCUGCUGGUGGCGGAGGGAUGCAAGUGCUGUACGUGCCGGUCAAGACCACGGAUGGAAUUGGGGUAGAUGAAAAGCUAUCAUUAAGACAGGUAGCUGUUGUUGAAGAUUUCUUUGAUAUAAUCUACUCCAUGCACGUGGAAACAGGACCAAAUGGAGAGCAAAUCAGAAAACAUGCUGGACAAAAAAGAACCUAUAAAGCAAUUUCAGAGACCUAUGCCUUUCUACCAAGAGAAGCAGUUACACGAUUCCUAAUGAGCUGCUCAGAGUGCCAGAAAAGAAUGCAUUUAAACCCAGAUGGAGCUGAUCAUAAAGAUAAUGGAAAACCUCCAACAUUGGUGACAAGCAUGAUUGAUUAUAAUAUGCCAAUCACAAUGGCCUACAUGAAGCAUAUGAAGCUGCAGCUAUUAAAUUCCCAACCAGAUGAGGACGAAAGUUCCAUAGAAAGUGAUGAAUUUGAUUUGAGUGAUUCCACCAGAAUGUCUGCUGUGAAUUCUGACCUCAGUUCAAAUCUCGAAGAAAGAAUUCAAAGUCCACAAAAUCUUCAAAGUCAGCAAGAUGAUGAUUCAGCUGCAGAGAGUUUUAAUGGCAAUGAGACUGCAGGACACAGCUCUAACACUUCAGGUGGAACACACUGCAGGGAAGUUGCAGAAGCCAAUAGUAAUGGUAAAACAACUCUGGAGUUAGAUGAACAGCCUCUGAACCUGAGUGACAGCCCCUUUUCUGCUCAGCUUACUUCAGAAUACAGGUUAGAUGACCCAAACAGUGACGGAAAGAGCAAGUACAAGAACAUACUAGCAUCUGAUCUUAAGUUGGAGCAAGAGGCAAAAGAAAAUGGAAGCAAGUCACCUGCCCAUAGUUAUUCAAGCUAUGAUUCUGGCAAAAAUGAAAACAUGGACAGAGGUGCUGAAGAUCUCUCCCUGAACCGGGGAGAAGAAGAUGAUGAUGAGCAUGAUGAUCAUGAAGAUACUGAAAAAGUCAAUGAAUCUGAUGGGGUUGAAGCUGAGCGCCUGAAAGCUUUUAAUAUGUUUGUCAGGCUGUUUGUAGAUGAAAACUUGGACCGAAUGGUCCCAAUUUCUAAGCAGCCCAAAGAAAAGAUCCAGGCUAUCAUUGACUCAUGCAGGCGACAAUUCCCUGAAUAUCAAGAGCGUGCCAGAAAGCGCAUACGUACUUACCUCAAGUCCUGCAGGCGGAUGAAAAGGAGUGGUUUUGAGAUGUCAAGACCCAUUCCCUCCCAUCUUACUUCUGCAGUAGCUGAGAGUAUCCUAGCUUCUGCCUGUGAAAGUGAAAGCAGGAAUGCUGCAAAGCGCAUGCGAUUAGACCGACCACAGCAGGAUGAGCCUGCUUCUGCUGACAAACCAUUUAAACAGGAACCAACCCAGGUCACAAACUCAACAUCAGUUUCCAGUACACAGGAGGUGCUGUACAUCAAUGGAAAUGGGACCUACAGUUACCAUAGUUACAGAGGGUUAGGAGGAAGUCUGUUAAAUCUCAGUGAUGCUUCUACUAGUGGUCCAACUGAUCUCAGUAUGAAGAGGCAGCUAGCAAGCACUUCCGGGUCUUCUAGCAAUACCAGCUCUAGACCUCAGCUGAGUCCAACUGAAAUUAAUGCAGUACGGCAACUGGUUGCAGGAUAUAGAGAAUCAGCAGCAUUUUUAUUACGUUCUGCAGAUGAACUGGAAAACCUUAUUUUGCAGCAGAACUGAGACACACAUUAUUAUCUUGCUGAUCUAGUUUUAUCAUAGAAUUUCCACUGAUAACAUUUUGAUAUUUCAGAGCAGAUCUUUUCAUGUGCUGCAGUCUUGUUGACAAAUUAAUUUCCAUUAUGCCACACUGUUCUCAGUGUACUCGGUGUGUUAUGAUUCUCCAAGCGAACUUGGAUCUCUGACAUUUUUAAGAUCCUUUGUAAUACCAAUUUGGUUUGUUUUCAUGUGUCAGCAUCAAUAGCAAAAAAAGUAAGUAGAAGUGUUAACCCAUUCUAACAUGGACAGAAACAACAGAUAUACACUGAGGUUUCAAAUUUGAUUCAGAAUCCAAGUGCAAUAUUAAUGGAAUGUGCUCCUGAUUCAGUGGACUCAAAGCUGCAUUAUAUGGCAAAAUGUUGCCAAAAGCCCUGAUAUUAACAGGAUGUUAUUGCAAUGAAAAGGAUCUUGUAUUUUAAAUAAAAUGUAAUUUUUAUAGGAAAAAAAACAAGAAAAAAAGGCCGGUUCACAUUCUAAAUUGAUCAUUUUUACUUUGGUAAAUUUUUCACUGAUUUUUCAAAUGAAGUUUUGAGGAGCCGUUGUUAAAUCCUCCUCAAUGAAAUUUUAAUCCCCUCUCCAAUUCACCUCUGUCCUCAAGGCAUAUUUUUCAUGCAGAGCGGGUCAUUCCCUUGUAGUUUCCUAUCAAACAUUUGUAGACUUAAUUCUGCAGGAAGCAGAUUUCAUAGCAUUUUUGCUUCUGUUUCAUAAUGAGUUGCAACUUAUUAGUAGUUGAUGAAGAUGUGAGAGAUAUUUUCAAAAGACAUAUCAUUAAUUUUGUUUUUAAAGGGAUUUCCUACAAGCCAGCUCAUUUAACUCCAGGAUUGCUGCUGCUGUCUUGUACAAAUCCUUCUGGUAGUGAAUGAAUGUAGAUGACUGAAUGUGAAGAGGUUGCAAGUGACAAUCGGAAAAUUUGCACUCUUGUGUAUAUUUCUUUUCUUUCUUUCUAAAUGAAUAUGUAACUGAAAAGGGCCAUUGACACUUCUGAUGUGAUUUUAUAGUGCUUAUGCUAAACGAAAAGUUGUACAAAAAAUGGUAAAUGAUAAAACUGCCAUUUAAAUAAAAUUUACUUCCCUUGAAUUUCUCCCUCCCCUCCCCCCUCCCCAUUUCUUAUUUAGGAUGUCAAAUACACAUCAGUGGUGUUUGCUGUGUGCUAAGGAAAGCUUAUUUUUAUGUAUUUAGAGAGAAGUAUUUUACUUCGGGCUUAUGUAAUAUCUGUUUUGUUGAUUAGCUUUUGUUAAAUAACAAGUUCCUUGUGCAUUCCUAAAUUUGCCUUAUUUUUGUGUACAAUUUUUUAUGUACUUUGGUUUUUUAACAAUGAGUUUAAGGCAUCCGGUGAUAUUUUCUAUCUACUUGUUACAUAUAGUUUUUCAAGUAAUGACUGUGGUUGUGACAAAGUAAUGUGCACUUUUUUCUUGUAACUGGACAUUGCUAUGCUUUUUCCCUUUAGUGUUUCUAGAAUUACUGUUGCAUACAGUUAUGUUUUUAAAAGACAACUUUUGUGAUACUGUUGGUGAAUAUCAGUGUGAAAAAGUCUAUUGAAAUGAGUGUUUUGGAGAUACCUAAGUACACAAGCUGUUAAGUUGUAGACUCAAUUGUUCACAAAUUUAAAUGAAAUUUUAAAAAAAUGAGGGCUGGGGGAAAAAUCUUC